UGAAAAAUUAAAUGAAUUUUGUGAUUUUAUAUGAAAACUGAGCAACAACAAACAAAUAUAUGUAUGUGCGUGUGAAGUACUAAAUACAAGCAACUAACUGUACGAGCUGUCAACGGAAAUGCGUUAUUAGACGUUUUAUGCCGAAAGCCAUUAAAAAUUGAUAAUCAAAAAGUUAUUAAACAAUCGAAUUGUAUUGUAAUUAGUGACCAACGAUUGAAUUUCGCUUGCCUGCUGCCGUGGGAAAAGUUUGCCGUAAUCGACGAAUUGCAUGCUUAUUGAUAUUUAAUGUGCACGUGGUGAUACUGCUAAACAGUUGGAAAAGCAAUGGAACGCUUAUAAAACCAACCCAUUACACACGCUAAACUCAACGACUUAUUCGACAACGCAUUGUAACGCAUCACAACGACAACGAAAAACCACAACAGUCUUAUCGACUGUAAAUCAACAAAAAAAAACAACAACAAAAGUCACACACACACGCCCGAAAAUGUCGCAUUUCGAAAAAAUUUUCUUCAUUUCAUUACUUUACUUCUUGCUGCUCAUCGCCUCCACCCGCGGUUUAGCUAACUGUCCGCCUGGCUGCCAGUGCGAUGACAAUACACUCGUCGUACAGUGCGGCGAAGGCCAAUUGGAUGUGCUGCCCAUCGCACUCAAUCCGUCCAUACAACGUCUGGUUAUACGCAACAACAAAAUCAAGACCAUCGAUUCAUCAAUACAAUUCUACGCCGAGCUGACGUUCCUCGAUUUGUCUUCGAAUCACCUGAUGACCAUACCGCAGCGCACCUUUGCCUACCAGAGGAAACUGCAGGAGGUGCAUUUGAAUGACAAUAAGAUCGGUGCGAUCAGCAAUAAGACUUUCAUUGGCCUAUCGGCGGUAACGGUAUUGAAUUUACGCGGCAAUUUAAUUUCCGAGCUGCAUUUGGGCACCUUUACACCGCUGCUUAAAAUUGAAGAGCUGAAUUUGGGAAAGAACCGCAUCGGCUUUGUCGAUCCCAAAGCGUUUGACGGUUUGUCACAGCUGCGUAUUUUGUACUUGGACGAUAAUGCGUUGACCUCGGUGCCAGAUCCGGUAGUUUUUCAGGCUAUGCCAAGCUUGGCCGAACUCUUUUUAGGCAUGAACACUUUGCUGACAGUGCCGUCUGCCGCCUUCCGAGAUGUGCCCGCACUGACGCGCCUCGAUCUGCGCGGCGCUGGACUACGCAAUAUCUCGCAUGAUUCCUUCAAGGGCUUGGAAGAGCUGCGGCAGCUGGAUCUCUCCGAUAAUAGGCUGACACGUGUGCCUACUUUUAGUCUCAGCAACAUGGUGCGUUUAGAAGAGUUAUCGUUGGGACAAAAUGACUUUGAAGUGAUUGUGGAGGGUGCUUUUGUCGGUCUCAAGCAGCUGAAGCGUUUGGACAUCAGUGGCGCACUGCGGCUAAAACGUGUCAUGAAUGGUGCAUUCUCCACAAACGGCAACUUGGAGUACCUCAAUCUGUCGUCGAACAAAAUGUUACACGAAGUGCAAGAGGGCGCACUCAGCGGGCUGCCCAACAUGCGUCACGUUAUACUGAAAGCUAAUGCGCUCACCUCACUAGCGGAAGGCCUAUUCCCAUGGCGCGAUCUUGUGACACUCGAUCUGUCGGAGAAUCCCAUCUCCUGUGACUGCCGCGUGAUGUGGCUACGCAAUUUGUUGGUGGAAAAGAAUGGCACAAAUGAUGCAAUCUCAGAAGUCUACUGCGCUUUUCCCGACCGCCUGCAUGGUGAGGCCUUGCGCAAUCUAAACCCAACACUCAUGGGCUGCACGCACACCGAUCCCCGCAAGCAGGCCUUGAUUGGCGCGCUGCUCGUUGGCUCGGCGGCGACUUUAACCGCGCUGGCAUUGAUACUCUAUCGCUGUCGCCGCAAGAUACGCGAGUACAUCAGCAGCGGCGUGUGGGGAAACUCGGCUUUAGGGCGCAAAGAACGCGAGUAUCAGAAGACCUUCUGCGAUGAGGACUAUAUUACGCGCCAUCAGCAUCAUCCCUGCAGUCUGGGCAUACAUUCGACCUUCUCGAACACCUAUACGCCCCACCAUCCCGCUGCCGCACGUCAUUAUGGCUUCUGCACCAUGCCCAUCAAUGACUUGAAUGCCCCGGAUGCACAGAAGAGUCUACAACAGCUGCAAGUACCCACCGCCACAGUGCUGAAUGAGAAGAAAGCGCUACAAGCGGGCGUUAAUAUCGACGAUUGCACGCCCUACUCGCUGCGUUUAAAGCCCUGCAAUGGCAGCGUUGCUGAGCCGCAACAGAGCGUGAACCAUUACACGAAACCACAAUUCGCGCACACUGCCGUCACGCUAGAUGUAGGUGAGUCGUGCUACUCGUACGCCGAUGUGCCAAUGAUGCAUUCGCCUGGGGUGAAUGCCUGCGAAGCACGCCAACAUCAGCUGCGCCUCACCCAAGACCACUUCACACAACAGCAACAGCAGCAGCAACUGAAAAAACAACAACAGCAACUGCAGCAGCUACAACAACAACCGUUGCAUUAUGGCACUUCAGCACGUAGCGACUGUGAUGCGGCUAGUGAUGUAAUGGAUGCCAACUACAUCUACAGCAAUACACACUACUCGAUGCCGUUGGAACAGGGACGCAUGGCUAAAACGCCCACACCACCACCAUUGCCGCCAGCAUUGCCCCUGCGUAAUGGCAUGGCGACUACGGGUCGUCGCUCAUUCAUGUCGGGCAAUGUACAAAAGCAACAACAGCUGCAGCAGCAGAAUAAUAAUACAAUGCGUAAUCCACACUGAUCGCAGGUGUUUAGUGUGGGUAAUGAGCUGCCGCUGGCGGUGCGCUACCCCACCUAUCAUCAUCCGAAGCUGAGCUUGUAUGCUUAGUGGGGGCGCCAACUGUGAUGUGACCGAGUGUCGUAGCGUAAGCAAAUGUGUUGCAGAGUGGGAAGAGCAUAUAAGCUACGCAGGAGUAGUGUUUAGGAGAGAAGAAGA